AUGGAACUUGACAUGGCACUCCGUGUGGACGAAUCACCCACCCUCACGGACACAAGUACGCCACAAGAAAUUGCAAAGCAUAAGCGGUGGGAGCGAUCUAAUCGCUUAAGUAUCAUGUUUAUGAAAUCUUACGUCAUAAAGGGCAUUAGAGGUUUUAUCCCAGAAAGCCAUAAGGCAAACGAGUUCAUCCAAGCCAUUGAGGAACAAUUUUUUAGUUCCGUUAAGGCAUUGGCAAGCAUCGUGAUGAAGAAGCUUUCAAGCAAAACCUUCGAAAAUUUCAGAAUUGUACGAAAGCUCAUUAUGGAAAUGAGGGACAUGUCUGCUCAAUUGAAGUCUCUAGAGGUUGAUAUAUUUGAGUCAUUUUUUGUUCAUUUCAUCUUGAACUCUCUCCCUUUUGAAGACACUCCAUUUAAGAUAUCCUAUAACACACAUAAGUAUUAA